ACUGACCUCCGUCCCUGCGUCCAAUUGCCAACGGAGAAGGCUUCGACGGUUUGCCAAUCAGUCUGCUCGGGAGAGAAGUCCAAUCAGCAGACGACAAGCCAACGAUAUAUACUUCCUUAUCCUUUCUUCAAAAACUGACUUCAAACUCGUCAACGACAAGAAAAGUAUCAUGGCCAGAACAAAGCAGACCGCUCGUAAAUCCACCGGUGGAAAAGCCCCGAGGAAGCAACUCGCCACCAAAGCCGCUCGUAAGAGUGCACCGGCCACUGGUGGCGUGAAGAAACCUCAUCGUUACAGGCCCGGGACCGUGGCUUUGAGAGAGAUCCGUCGGUACCAGAAGCAGUCUACCGAGCUGCUCAUCCGCAAGCUGCCUUUCCAGCGCUUGGUCAGGGAAAUCGCCCAGGACUUCAAGACAGACCUGCGUUUCCAGAGCUCCGCCGUGAUGGCUCUGCAGGAGGCCAGCGAGGCUUACCUGGUCGGUCUGUUCGAGGACACCAACCUGUGCGCCAUCCACGCUAAGAGGGUCACCAUCAUGCCCAAGGACAUCCAGCUGGCCCGCCGCAUCCGCGGAGAGCGCUCCUAGACGUUGUCCGUGAUCAUGUGAUCUCGAAACCCACAAAGGCUCUUUUAAGA